AUGUCCGCAAAUCACAACUUCGCCCAAUACGCAACGCCGCCGCACAACGUCUCCCUACGUGUCCUCGAUGUCAACGGACAUUCCGGGCACGAAUCGGACUUGUUGGACAUCUUCGAACCAACUGCAACUCUUGAACUGCUCCAGCCACCGUCUCCCCGCCCGCCUCUUCCUCGUCCUCUCUUCCGCCAACUAACUCUGACACUCCUUCUGCACCACCACUUCCAUCCUCCUUCUCCUCGCACUCGCCUCCACUGCCCACACUGCCCUCGCACCUUCCGGCAUCGCAUGGGUCUAUUCGGCCACAUGCGCAUCCACGAAAGCGGAAUUGACCGCAGCCUUGACACACCCACCCCGCCGAGCCCCUCUCCCAAUCCAUCACCUUGUGCACACACUAACCACCCCACAGCCGACAUCGACGCCACCGACCUUACCACCCCUCACUCCUCCCCUUCCUCCUCCUCUUCCUCCUUCACUGCCACAACGACGGCCGCUUCGGCGUCUGUCGCCCACGCCCGUACCACAGCCACACCUGACACAACAACAGGCACAACCCUUGCAACCUCCAUCAUCAGACGUGAGGGACAGGACUACAUCUGCCCUCACUGCGAUCGCACCUUCACUUCACGCAUCGGCCUGGUCGGUCACUUGCGAAUCCAUCGCACAGAUACUGGCGAACCAGUGCCUGGAGCACCAACCUACACUCACCGCACUCGCCUCCACUGCCCACACUGCCCUCGCACCUUCACGCAUCGCAUGGGUCUAUUCGGCCAUAUGCGCAUCCACGAGAGCGGCAUUGACCACAAUUCCGAUACAGCCACGACAUCCAACACAUCCACCACGUCCAGACCCAUCCUCGCUCCACCGUCAAACGCGCCGAACACCACCACCAACACCACUGCCUCCUCUACAGCUGACACCGACACCGCCGACCUCUCAUGCCCACAUUGUCCACGCACCUUCACGUCACGCAUCGGCCUGGUCGGUCACUUGCGAAUCCAUCGCACAGAGACUGGCAAACCAGUGCCUGGAGCACCAACCUACACCCACCGCACUCGCCUCCACUGCCCACACUGCCCUCGCACCUUCACGCAUCGCAUGGGUCUAUUCGGCCACAUGCGCAUCCACGACGACCUGCGGUAG